UGUGGACUCGGGCAUGACGGCCGCGUUCGUCUCACGACUGCAGUUGCUCAGCGAAGAUCAAUACAUACGAACGGAGCUUGCUUUUACCUCAGCAUGAUUGAAGCCUGAUGCAACUUGCUAAACCAGUUUUAUACCAUUUUGAGACAAAAUCCUACACCAAGCGGAAUAAAAAUACACCUUUUUGGAUCCAACCACGUGAUAGCAUGAGUUGUAGCUGAAACGACAACCCGGAAGAGAAAUGUGCAGACCCGGGUAUGUGUUUUUGACAACUGAUACAGGAUACUUCAGACUAGCAGUUGACAGAUAAACCGAGCACGUCAUAUUAUAGAUACUGCUACAGCGGACAGGCCAUGUACUGAAGAUUCACCAGUCUAACUUAGAAAUGUUGUGACUAUUUCAAGGAGACAUCACGUGCCAGUAGCUGUUGCCUGGUAACAGUAAGUGCAAAACAUGGAGUUGGCUAAUAGCAGACGACAUCCGGUCGGCAGGCUGACCCUGUCUGUCGUACUGUAUGUCUGUGUUAGUCGAGUGUGGUGUAGUUAUACACCUCCAACCCAGUCCCCACAAGACUUGCGCGCCAGCAGUCUAGUGAGAACCACGGACGGAUGUUCAGACAGUUGUAACACCAUCACGGAAGAAAUGUGUGGAUCUUUUGGAGUGUGUUCUUUAUCAUGCCGCAGUGGAUCAAGGACUACAUUGCCAUCUCGGACUGUAUUAACGAGUACGACAGAGUGUAGUGGCUCUCAGCCAGGUUCUCUCCCGGCUGGUGUUAAUGGAGCCAAUGGUAACUAUUUUACCAAUUCUAAUGAUAGUACACCCUGUAAUGUCAACACGACGGUGACCAUUGGUUCCACAAGUACCUUCAGUAUUUCAUUUUGGAUACAAGGGAGUUGUACGAACUGCACUGUACUAGGGGAUGGUAGCAGUCUGACAGUGAAGCUUAGAGGUAACCUGUUACAGGUGAACACCCAGACUGUGUCAUCCUCUGUCACAGAUACAGACUUUGUCCAUGUUGUUCUAACAAAGAGAUCUUCUACCAUGUUUGAUGUGUAUGUGAACAAUACUGCUAGUACUGCGUCAGUAACCACACCCAACCUCCAAAAUACCAUCCUGGUUCUCGGACCUGAAACAGUUCUGACAGGGUCUGAAUCCCUCUUGCUGCUGGAUGGGAGGUUCUACAAUGAUGGGCUGACUAAGAGAGAAAUUAAAGAGCUCUUUACUGGUACCUUCACAUCAGUAUCAUUGGAGUCAGAGUGUCGAUGCCCAGUGUCACAACCAGAUAUUUCAACUGAUGAACUCAUGUGUUCAGGAGGUUCUGGAAGCAAUAUCAGAAGAUUAACAAAACAAUUCAGUGGUGUUAAUGGUGUACUAGGCAAUAGUCCGUCAUACAACUGGGUUUCCAAAGCAACUGGAGAUGUCACAAUCAUGUUUGAUCUGCAGAGCUCCUUCCAGGUAACAGAAGUAACGGUAACAUUUAGUUCCAAUGGUUCGUCGCCCACAAGAACAGAAUGGAGCUUUGAGUCACAUGAUCAGAAGAGUAGGGUGGACUCAUCUCGGUACACACUGAACUCAACCCAGCUUCACAUAAAGAGUGCCACACCACCAGAUUAUCAAGCCUUUGGUGAGACAAUUGCUGAGAAAAUCGAAAUGAAAAUCACUGAAAGAUCCUCAGGAUCUGUUUCAAACCUGAUAAUCUCAAGUGUCACCAUCUCAGGAAAGUGUGAUUGUGACGGCGCAGCCUCAACAUGUAGUCUGACCUCAGGAUCAAGUGCCAGCUACACAUGUAUGUGUCUCAAUCAGACUGAAGGUGACCACUGUAGGUCAUGUGACAAUGGCUACUACCGAGAGGAAACUGGGUUUGGAUGUACUCAGAGUUGUGACUGCGAUGCUGACGGCAGAAAUGCUACCAGGCACUGUGAAACGGUUGGGGGACAAUGUUUGUGCAAGUCUAACGUGGCAGGAGCACGGUGUGACACGUGCAAACCACUGACGUAUAACAUCACUAAGAGCAACCCGGAGGGUUGUACCAGGUCAUCCUGUGAUGCUGGAGGCAGUUCCGCCUGCAACAACGAAACUGGGGAAUGUUACUGCAGGACUAAUGUCGUAAACUCCAACUGUUCGGAAUGCAAGGAUAAACACUACUGGACGCCUCAGACUGGAUGUUUGCCAUGUCUCUGCGAUACUAAAGGAACUAAAGAGGCUAGUGGUUUGGUCUGCGAUGUCGGAACUGGUCAGUGUGACUGCAAACAAAAUGUUCAAGAUCGUCAGUGUGGUCAAUGCAAGGAUCAGUUCUAUGACCUCAGUAUGAACAACGCUAUUGGAUGCUCCCCGUGUCAGUGUCACACGAUGGGGACCUCAAACACAACGUGUGACAAGGGUUCAUCGGGACAGUGUCAGUGUCGAGGGGAUGAUUUCACCAACAGAACUUGCACUCCAUCAGUGACAGAUGUGGUGCCUCUGUUUGGGCCAGUGAUUGGUGGCACCGUGGUGACAAUAACUGGCCAUUACUUGGUGAACAGUACAGUUACUAUAGGACCCACUGACCUUAUUGCUACUGGAUCAGAUACUCAGCUUAUCAUCAUCAUUCCAGCAAAAGGUGUUGUUACAUCUGAAACUCUGUCUGUUACCUGGAAUUCCAGUUCACCAUUAGCGUAUAAUUUUCAAUAUACCUACAAACCAAACCCCAGAUUGGCUGCAGAAAACCCGACUUCGGCAACAGCUGCUCAAAGCGGUGGAUGUUACGUAACUCUGGCCGGGGAGAAUCUCAACAGCGUCUACAAGCCGAGGAUGAUGGUCAAUGCCUCUGGAGAAGAAUCGUAUUCAUACUGUGAGCCAGAAUCUUCGGGGAAGAGAAUGAAAUGUGCAACUCCUGCAGCAGUUGGUCUGAAUGGAAGUGUGGCCCCAGUAUACGUUUUAUUCGACAACUAUCUUGGACGUCAACGGCUGAAUCUCACACUGAUGCAGGAUGCUGUGGUUAAUACAGGUCUUUUCUUAGAAUUUGCACCACCGUUUGAAAAAACUAUAACAAUUAUGGGUGAAAGAAUCGGCACAGACUGUCUCAGACGUGACUACAGGGUCGUCAUUGGUGAUGAUGUUGACUGCCCCAUCACCAGUUUUACAGAGACUAGCAUCGAGUGUGAGCCUCCCAGCUCCCCGCCUGUCACUUCUACCAUGGACAAGAGAAAGUACAAGAUGUCGCUGUUUAUCGGAGCUCGAGAAGUGAAUGUGGGAGAAAUCUACUACAAACAGUUCUGGCUGACGAAGUAUUUUGUCUACAUAAUGGUGGGCUGCGGCGUUUUUAUCAUCGCCCUCAUCACCCUGCUCAUCUGUAUCUGUGUGUGUCGACGUCGCCGCAGCCGCAAGAAACAAAUGAGCGAGCCAUUAAAGAAUAUCACUCCCCUGACAGAAAAUAAUGGCAGACCGGUCAGUGAUGACCACGAACUGAUCCAGCCCGCUCGGACAUACACCCCGUUCCCCAGAAUCAAUCAGUAUACCAACCGGGCGUUUGAUGGUACAGAUGCUGAAGAACAUGACAAGGAUGAGGUUGUCAACACUGAGUACUUCCUGCAUAGAGUGGAGGAGAGCAUCCGCACCAAAGUACAAGCCUGUGUCAUUGGCAAGAAGAACUUCAAUGUUGGGAGUGUGUGCUCUGCUAAAGGAAACCAUGCCAGAUUAGUUGAUGGGACCUUUACAGCCAGGUCCAAGAUUGAACCAAUGGAGAAACUCACCAUCAAGAUGUUGAAAAAUCCAUUGCCAGACUCUGGCGUUCUAUCCUCACUGUACACAACAGCACUGAGAGAGUGUCUGCGCUUCAAGCCCUAUGAUGAUGAGAGCUUGUUGACCAUCAAGGGAAUUGGGCUGGACAAGAGGCGGUUCUAUAUUCUCUACCCUUAUAUGGAGAACAGGACACUUAAAGACCAUGUCUUAGACUCCAAAAAGGACUUUGUGCUACGGCAGCUGCUGGAGUUAGCUGGCCAGGUGUGCGAGGGGAUGGACUUCCUGUCUUCUAAGGAUGUGGUGCACAAGGACCUUGCCACCAGAAACUGUAUGUUGGAUGCAGCAGGGAGGGUGAAGAUCACUGAUGCGGCUUUCUCCUGGGACUUCUAUCCAAACGAAUACAUGUACGACAGCCAGAGAGAUCGAUACUUGCCUGUCCGCUGGAUGGCCCCUGAGAGUCUAAGUACUGGAUUCUAUGACAGCAAGUCGGAUGUGUGGUCAUUUGGGGUCCUGAUGUGGGAGCUGAUGACACGGGGGCUGGUGCCGUUCCAGGAAAUCGCAGAUGAGAAUGUGCAAGACGCCAUCGUGGAGGGCUUCCGACUGGGAAAACCCCAGAUGCUCUCUGAAGACUUAUAUGAGCUGAUGAACUCUUGUUGGCAUGCAGAAAACGAACACCGGCCAUCAUUUGUACGAAUUCAACAGGAAAUCUCGUCCGCCAUGUCCGACAGAUCAUCCAUGAAUGAGAGUCUGUAUGUGAACCAGGAAAGCAUCCAAAACAUCUACAUCAACAGCGAUGAGAUACAACAGAUCGGAAACACCAAGAACAAUUAUCGCUAGGCUACAUGGUCAUGUGAGCAUUAUCAGCAGCUGAUGUACAACUGAAAUGCAUAACGUCUACUCAACCAAAACGUUAGUGUGCUAAGUUUAUCCUUGUCUUUCAGUCUCAGACUGGUCAUCCUCCAUAAUCUCCAGGGUAUACGUUACGAUCACUCUCCACUAUACCCUGGAUGCAUCCACGGCAUCACGGAAGCUUUUAUUACCUCCUUUGGCUGGCUUUGUAUCCAAUCAGGUGUCUACGAUGGAAAGUUGAGCGAACCAAUCACAACUCACUUUCGCUUCUUAAAUUAUCUAGCUGUUUAAACUUGGCAACACAGC